CCUUCCUCCGACAGAAACAUUUGGGGUCCUUCUGCUUCACGUGUUCUGCUCUCCUGCCACCAUGCCGAAGUCAAAAAGGGAUAAGAAAAUUUCUUUGACAAAAACUGCAAAGAAAGGCCUAGAAUCCAAACAGAAGUUAAUCGAGGAGCUCCGGAAAUGUGUGGACACCUAUAGAAAUCUGUUCAUCUUCUCUGUAGAAAAUAUGAGAAACAACAAAUUGAAAGAUAUCAGGACAGCAUGGAAACACAGCAGAUUCUUCUUUGGCAAAAAUAAAGUGAUGAUUGUUGCUUUGGGAAAAGGACAAACGGAUGAAUACAAAGAUAAUUUGCACAAGGUCUGCAAGUAUUUGCGAGGAGAGGUGGGAGUGCUUUUCACAAAUAAAACAAAGGAUGAAGUACAAGAAUAUUUUAACCAUUUCAAAGAGAUGGACUAUGCUCGCGCAGGCAACCAAGCACAGAUGGAUGUAACCCUGGAAGAAGGUCCUCUUGAACAGUUUCCCCACUCAAUGGAGCCUCAGCUGAGGCAGCUGGGACUUCCCACAGCCCUGAAGAAAGGUGUGGUGACACUACUCAAAGCCUAUGACGUUUGUAAAGAAGGGGACAUUUUGACUCCUGAACAGGCUCGGCUUCUGAAACUUUUUGCUAUCGAGAUGGCAGAAUUCAAAGUGCAGAUUAAGUGUAUGUGGAACUCUGAAACAGGCGAGUUUGAGAAAAUGGCCACGGAGGAAGAGCCUGGGGAGGAUGAAGAGGAGGAUGAAGAUGAUGCAGAAUAAAACUUCUGCAAAGGCAGCCAACUUCAGUCACUAGAUGGACUUUAAUUUGGAAAUGUAAUACCUUUUUAUAUAUAUAUAAAAUACUUGGGAAAACAAACUUGAUCUGAAGUUAAUGUUUUGACAGACAAGAUUUUGUAUAAUAGUGUUUACUGAACAAGUCAGUUUGUGAAAGUUGAAGAGUUCCUCUGAAAUAAAUCACUGUUAUAAAUGUAAUUAUCAUUUAUUAAAAACCAUACAA